GGAGCGCGUCGGGCUGGGGAACGGAAGCGGGAGCGGGGGGGCGUGUUUGUCAGAGGACGCGUCGUCUCCCCUGUGUGCCCUAUUCUGUUUGUUUCUCCGCGAUGUUUCCGAGGGUCUCGGCUCUCCUCCCUCUUCGCCCGCUUUCCCGCCUCCCUUUGUGCUCCGGAGGCCCAGAGGUAUCGGCGGCCGCCGUCGUGCUACUCGCUUCUCCGCGUGGGACUGUCAGGACAAAAAAUAAUAUCCAAAGAUAUUUUGGCACUAACGGCGUGAUCUGUAGCAAAAAAGAUGAGCAUUCUGUUCCAACCCGUGAGAUUUCCAAGGAGACAGAGAGCCAACACAGUGUAAAGGAGAAUACAAAAAAAGACUUGGUAAAUAUUCUUAAGGGAAUGAAAGUUGAAUUAAGCACAGUAAAUGUACAAACAACAAAGCCACCCAACAGAAGACAACUUAAAAGUUUGGCGGCUUCAACUGUCAGACCUCAGAAUGCUCCAGAAGAUGCCCCCCAAAAGAGAAGUGAGUCCCUGAGCCCGGAGUUGGUGGCGGCGGCCUCCGCGGUUGCAGACUCUCUCCCUUUGGACAAGCAGAUGACCAAGUCGGAGCUGCUCAGGCAGCUCCAGCAGCACGAGGAAGGCUCGAGGGCACAGAAGGAUGGAGCGAGACCUAAAAUUAGUUUCACUGACAUCAUAUCAGAUAUGAAAGUUGCCAGAUCUGCCACAGCGAGAGUUAACACAAGACCAGUGCAUCAGAUUCAGUUUGAUGAAGGGACUGAUGAUUUUGUUGGCCGAGAGAAGCCUGCUGAUCUGAGAAGAAGUUUUAGGAAAAAUAUAUUCAAGGGGAAGAGGCUUAAUAUUUUUGAGCUUAAGGCAGUUACUGAAGAGGCACCUGAAACAGAGGCAGCACCUUCUCUUUGGGAUAUAGAAUUUGCUAAGAAGUUAGCGGCAGUCAAUGAACAGCCCUUUCAGAAUGGUUUUGAAGAGAUGAUCCAGUUGACAAAAGAGGGGAAAUUGUGGGAGUUCCCAAUUAACAAUGAAGCAGUAGUUACCGCCCACGUAACCACAGCCCAGUAUCCCAGGCAGGCGGCCGGCAGCCGUAUCUUUCAGCCGUGUUCAGAUGCCACCAGUUCUACAUGUACUCCUUCGUGUUUUGAUGAUGAUGGUUCAGAAUUUCAUGAACAUAUAUUUUUGGAUAAAUACCUGGAGGAUUUUCCAAAACAAGGACCAAUUCGCCACUUCAUGGAGUUGGUGACCUGUGGCCUUUCCAAAAACCCAUAUCUGAGUGUUAAACAGAAGGUUGAACAUAUAGAGUGGUUUAGGAAUUAUUUUAAUGAAAAACGGGACAUUCUAAAAGAAAGUGGCAUACAGUUCAAUUGAAGAUCAUGGAAAUUUUUACUUCAAGCUGUUGGAGAUUCGUAUUAUAAUUAAAUAAUUU